AAGUUCGCAGGCAGUCUACCCCUCGAGAGAUGCGGCCAGCGUCGCAGUUAGGCUUCUCGCUCCUCGGUCGCAGUGGUAAAGCUGCAUCUGGACUGUUUUGCAAAUAUGACGGUUCUUCUAGAAUGGACCAGGGCCUGCUGCACGUCCACAGUUUGGCUGGGAUAUCCCAGAGCGGUCACCCGCUGCAGGGCUGGCAAGGAUUCGCGCGUAAUCUCGAGAAGUUGGCCUUGACCGCGAUUCAACAACACAGCCAGGUACCCCCCAAAUCACCCACCUCCUGAGCCACUUCGAGUGCCCCAGACGCCGUCGACGUGCCAUGAAGCCUCACAAAUCCCGCAUAUGAUCGCAGCAUUGACUCUGAGCCGUGCACUGCCUGCGCUUCUCCACACGUAGUUGCAACCUCGGACUAGAAACAUUUCGCAACCUACACCAUGGCAUCUGGAGGAGGGAAUAUCAAGGUGGUGGUGCGGUGUAGGCCCUUCAAUGGGCGAGAAAACGCGCGCAAUGCACAGUGUAUUGUGCAGAUGAAGGGGGACCAGACCAUCCUCGCCCCCCCGUCACAUACCGAUGUCAAGGGCAAAGCUGCCAAAGCCGCCCUCGAGGGCACCAAGGCAUUCGCCUUCGAUAGGUCAUACUGGUCCUUCGACCGCAACGCCCCGAACUAUGCCGGCCAGGACAACCUCCACGACGACCUCGGCAAGCCGCUGCUUGACAAUGCUUUCCAGGGAUACAACAAUUGUAUCUUCGCCUAUGGGCAGACGGGCUCGGGAAAGUCGUACUCGAUGAUGGGGUACGGCAAGGAGUACGGCAUCAUCCCCAAGAUUUGUCAAGACAUGUUCGAGCGGAUCAAGGUCCUGCAGGAGGACAAGAAUUUGAGCUGUACCGUCGAAGUAUCCUACUUGGAAAUCUACAACGAGCGCGUUCGCGACCUCCUAAACCCGUCGAACAAAGGCAAUCUACGAGUUCGAGAACAUCCUUCGACUGGCCCGUACGUGGAAGACCUGGCAAAAUUAGUCGUCCAGUCCUUUCCUGAGAUCGAGAACUUGAUGGACGAAGGAAACAAGGCCCGUACCGUUGCCGCGACCAACAUGAACGAGACGUCCUCGCGAUCGCACGCCGUUUUUACUCUUUGUCUUACCCAAAAACGCCACGAUGUCACAACUAGCAUGAGCGGGGAAAGGGUUGCAAAGAUUAGUCUGGUCGAUUUGGCAGGAUCAGAAAGAGCACAAUCGACUGGCGCAACGGGAGCUCGACUGAAGGAGGGUGCGGAAAUCAACAGAUCUCUCUCUACACUUGGUCGUGUCAUCGCAGCGCUGGCCGACUUGUCCAUCGGCUCCAAGAAGAAGAUACAAGUACCAUAUCGAGACUCAGUUCUAACAUGGCUGUUGAAAGAUUCGCUGGGAGGAAAUAGUAUGACAGCUAUGAUUGCUGCCAUUUCGCCUGCCGACAUCAAUUAUGAAGAAACGCUGUCAACUUUGCGUUACGCAGAUUCUGCGAAGCGCAUCAAGAAUCAUGCCGUCGUCAACGAAGAUCCAAAUGCGCGCAUGAUUAGGGAACUCAAGGAAGAGCUGGAGAAACUUCGCUCCCAGCUUACCGGAGGUGGAUCAAGUGGCUCCAACGGCAUAAUGGAAGAACAAUACGCCCCCGACACGCCUCUUGAGAAGCAAAUAGUCUCCAUUACUCAAGCAGAUGGUACAACCAAGAAGGUUUCAAAGGCCGAGAUCGUGGAGCAACUGGGCCAGUCUGAGAAGCUCUACAAGGAUCUAAAUGAAACAUGGGAGGAAAAACUCGCAAAGACCGAAGAAAUCCACAAGGAGCGAGAGGCUGCUUUGGAAGAGCUCGGUAUCAGCAUUGAAAAAGGCUUUGUAGGUCUCUCAACGCCUAAGAACAUGCCGCAUCUGGUAAACUUGAGUGACGACCCUCUUUUGACCGAGUGUCUGGUCUACAAUCUGAAGCCGGGAACGACGACCGUAGGCAACUCCGAUGUUGACGGGCAGACGGCCCAGAUACGCUUGAACGGUUCACAAAUACUUGCGGAUCACUGCAAUUUCGAGAAUGUAGAUGGAAAGGUGACGGUAAUACCAAAGGAAACCGCGAGCGUCAUGGUCAACGGCGUCCGAAUAGACAAGCCCAGGUUGCUCAAGAGUGGGCAUCGCAUCAUCCUUGGCGACUUCCACAUCUUCCGCUUCAACAAUCCACAGGAGGCAAGAGCUGAGCGCGCAGAGGUAGGAACAAGCCUGCUCCGACAUACAGUAACCGCGAGCCAACUCAGCUCUCCGUCUCCUGCGCCAAGACCUGGCCACGACAGAUCGUUCAGUACGAUUAGCGUAGCGAACUCCGACUUCGACCCUGACAGCCCUAGAGCGGGAUCGCCCGCCUUCUGGCAACGCGGCCGCGAAUCUGAGUUCUCGUACGCUCGGAGAGAAGCUCUAACUGCGUGGUUGGGACCUGACAAGCGGAUCGAAAACCUCCCAGACGAAGAUUUCGAGGCCUUGUUCGAAGAUCUCAAUAGACUCCGCGAGACACGAAAGGCUCGCCCUGAAAGUCGGAUAUACCAAAGUGACGAGGAUAUGGAGUCGAUUUCUUCGUACCCUGUGAGGGAAAAGUAUGCGUCUGGAGGGACUUUCGACAACUUCUCGCUCGAUACCAUGUUGACGAUGCCUUCCACGCCACUGCAGGAUGGUAGCGAAAAGAUGCAAGAGAUUAGAGAGGAUAUGGAAGAAAGGUCAAAGGCAAAUGAGAAAGCUAAAGACGAGUUAGAAGAGCUUCGAGCCGCCAAAGAGGAUAUGCAAAAACAGUUACAGGCACAAAAGGAUGCUUUUGAGCGGCAGCUGAGAAAGCUCGGGCACGAACCUACACCGGAGACGGAUGGGGAAGCAGCAACCGAGAAGCCGAACGAUGCCCAUCUUGAUCUAGUGCGGACUGUCUUCCAGCAGUGGCGGCGACGGAAGUAUGUUACUAUGGCAGAGACGCUACUCCAAAACGCAGCGCUCUUGAAGGAGUCGCAGAUUCUGAGCCAGCAGAUGGACAAGCGUGUCGUCUUCCAAUUCUGCAUUGUGGACGUCGGCCACACUGUUCCGUCGUCCUAUGACUUGGUCAACAUGGGUAUCCCGGGUGAAGACGACGAGUUCCUUGAUAACCAGCCCAAACCUUGCGUGGGUGUUCGCGUCAUUGACUUCAAGAACGAAGUCGUUCAUCUGUGGUCACUGCAAAAGCUCCGCCAACGUGUCCGACGCAUGCAUCAGAUGCACCAGUACAUGAACCGGCCUGAGUUCUUCCAGCACUUCAACCCUGAAUCGCCCUUCUCUGACCCUUGUAUGCCGGAGUUUUCGCGUGUCGGCGAUGUUGAUGUACCGCUCGCUGCUGUCUUCGAGGCCAGGGUACGCGACUUCAGCCUUGAUGUUAUAUCUCCGUAUACGGCAAACCCGAUCGGUAUCAUCCGGCUAUCUCUAGAGCCCUCAUCUGCCGAAGCUCCUUCAACUACGCUAAAGUUUAAUGUCGGUAUGCACGAGUUUGUUGGUUUUCCAGAGCGGGAGGGCACUCAAGUGCACGCUGUUCUCUUCGUACCCGGUAUUUCAGAUGAGAGUGGCGCGACGACCACAACAUGGAUCACCAACUUUGACGAAGGCCCGAUCCGUUUCGAGAGCGUGCAUAGUAUGAGCUUGCCAUAUCCGAGCCCUCGCGACACGUUCCUCCGUAUUUCCAUAUUCGCAAAGGUCACCGAUAUACACCUAGACAAGCUGCUCAGCUGGGACGACAUGCGCGACUCGGCGGAGAAGCCAAAGCAGAAGCGUCGCAACGCACGACUACCCGAGUCGGAAUUCUACACAGAAGAUGCGCACGACAUCUUCUCGCGCAUUCAAAUCCACGAGAUUACAGACGAUGGCACAUACCAGCCUGUUGAGGUCACGCAGAGCAGCAUCAUGGACGCAGGAGUGUAUCAGCUUCACCAGGGUCUGGCGCGGCGCAUCGUUGUGAACCUGACUCAUACCUGUGGCGAGACACUACAGUGGCAGAACGUGACCUCAAUGCGCAUGGGUCGCAUUCGACUAAUCGACGCCUCAGGCAACGCUCCUGGUCUCGACUCCCCUGUCAAAGAAGUUCCCGUAGACCUCGUAGCGCCGCCUGUGGUCAGAGACAACGCGGAUGGUACUACAAAUGUAAAAUUCGUUGGACGAUGGGACAGCACCGCCCACGGCUCACUACUCCUCGACCGCGCGACCCAGGAGAAGUAUCGCGUCCAAACAACACUACUAUUCGAUGUCACGUCCUCCAAAUUUAUCGAACCGAUGACCUUUUCACUCGACCUAGCAUUGCAAAUCCGCGGCCGAUCAUACGUUCGCCAGAAUUCAAUGUUUUCAUUAGCCGCCAUCUGGAACACAGUCAAGAUCGUUCACUCCACGGUCGGCAUCUUCAACGUCGCCAUUCGACCGACGUCUGUCAAGCGUGCCACAGAUCUUUGGCGCAUGAAUACAAAGGAUGACUAUAUCAAAGGCGAAGAACAGCUAGCAGGUUGGACACCACGUGGCGUCUCCUUGGUGCGAGACUUCAUUGGGAUAGAGAAGCGGAGGAGGAGGAUUGCGGAGAUAGAAACCGCGCGAUCUACUCUCUCGUCCAAAGCUCUCAGCAUUCCCGCCUCAACUUCAAUAAGUUCAUGGUCCGAGCUAGAUGAUCGACAAAAAGCCCUCCUGCAGCGCGUCAUCUCCCUAUGGAAUACAAAACAAGCACCCGCCGAAAUCAUUUUAAAUUCCACGAAUCUCGAACCACCUAGUAAUGGUGCCGCAUUCGCACCACGCUCCGCAUCGCCUUCGCCGUCUCCUACACCAAGUCUUACUGCGACCGUGCGCUACAUCUCUAAAAACCCAACCUUGAUGAAGGCAUCGUACCUCCUAACACCUGACCUGACGAACACAAAGUGGGUGAGGAGAUAUGUGGAACUGAGAAAACCGUAUUUGCACAUAUAUUCCGUAGAUGGGGAUGAGAUUAAUGCGAUCAAUAUCUCUACUGCCCGGGUGGAUCAUUCACCGCAGAUUGCGCGACUUUUGGGUGGAGGCCAUGGACAGCAGAGUAAUGGGGCAAACGGGCACGCGACGACAACACCCGGGCAGAAAGACACUGUCUUCGCUGUGUUUGCGCGCAGCAACACGUAUAUCUUUAGGGCAAGAAGCGAGCGUGAGAAGAUAGAGUGGAUACUCAGGCUUGAUCAGAGCUACUUUUCGAGUGAGGGGAGUGAGGAGUCGCCUUGAAGACUGAGUAUAUCAUGCGAUUCCCUCAGUCGAGCUUAGGAAAGAUUACGCUUGGACACGUGUAGAUGGUCAAUUGAUCUAACCUUUACUUCUUUGUACCUAGUACCUUCGCUCGAGCUCGAGCUAGAUGGGGGGAGAGCUCCGACGAUGUUUCUUUUGUACCACCCGCGAGCUUCGGCGUUGGACACAGCCUCUUUUCUUGGGAUACCCAGAGCAGUACGUGCUCAUCUGGUUGCGCCAUCAUUUAGCAUAGAGAUCUAUCUAUCUAUCAAUCAAUAGCCACAUCACCACCACUAAAAAAUUGAUAUUGACGAUCCCUAUACAUACUCUCAAAUGGCUAGAAUACAUGUUCUAGCAGCGGAAGUUUCGUUUUAAAGCCUAGAUAGUAUGCUACUUUUUUCAGUGUGCCUAGAGUAAAUACGCUACUAUCUAUCAGACAAUGAGGAAUUUGUUGAUCACGUCGUCCCACCUAAGACAUACCAAGAGCGGCGGUUGU